AUAUAUAUAUAGAUAUAUAAAGCUACCAUUAAUGGAAUCCAUUUUUUUCUUGAUGAUUUUGUAAUAUCUAGACAAAGGCUGCUUCUGCUUUAUGCCCCAAUUCUCCCAAUCUCUUUCCCAAGUUCACAUUUACAAAUUCUAUCUCUACCCUCUUCUCAAACACAUUUAGGCAGCCCCAUAAUUCAAUGCUAGAUUGGGCUAUGGCAGCCAAUAAUCAUAAUCAUAAUAAUGCAAUUUUGUGACACCAAAUUCAUUAAUUAUAAAAUUAAUUAAUUUACAAAAUUGAGAAAGCAGCAGUGCAUUAGACAUCUUCGGGAAGAACAACACCAAUUAUGAGCUCCGGCAAUGGCGGCUGCCCUAAUCAUAUCCUUCUCCUCGCCCUAAUCUUCGCCCUCAACUUCACGUUUCUCUCAGGGCUCCCCACUCUGUCCGAAUCAGGUCGCCGGCGGCGGCUCUUCUCCGUUAACGAUUCCGGCGGGCAUUUGGACGACACUGUGAGAGCCGAUCCCCUCGACGGUCUGAAGAAAUACAGAGGAGGAUACGAUGUUACUAAUAAGCAUUAUUGGAGUUCGACGGCCUUCACCGGCUUUCCGGGAUACAUUCUGGCGGCGAUUUGGCUCUUCUCCGGCGUCGGCUACGGCGGAUUUCUUCUUGUCCGAAUGGCUUGCUGUAAUGGAAGAAAAAAGGCCAAUAUAAGACUCCCCUGUAGUAACAAUUGCCAUCUAUGGCCGUUGCUUUUUGCCGUCUUCUUCACAGUUCUCGCCGUGUUAGGCUGCGGCUUAGUUCUCGGCGGAAAUGCCAAGUUCCAUUCGACGGCGAAUACCGUCAUAGACAUCAUAAUCGACACGGCAGAUGAGGCCUCCGACACAAUCUACACGACGACCGGAGCUAUGAAGGAAAUGAGCACAUCUUUGGGCCGAGUUACCGGAAAUUCUCAGGCGACGAGGUUUCUAACCUCGACGUCCGAGAGAUUAGAUAAGCAGGCGGACGACAUACAUCGACAGGCGGCUAAAAAUAGGCGCCUAAUCGAUAAAGGGAUAAAGAUAGUGUACAUAGUCACGACCGUAGCAAUUUCAUUGACCUUAACGACCGUGCUUGCGCUCUUAGCGCUCGGCGUCCUCAAGUUUCAGAGAAUUGCCCGAAUAUUGAUCGUCUUAUGUUGGAUUUUCACGGUCAUAUGUUGGCUAUUCUUCGGAAUUUACUUGUUCCUACAAAACUUUGCAGGCGACACGUGCACCGCGCUAAAAGGCUUCCAAGAAGAUCCUUACAACAACAGCUUGAGCUCGAUCCUCCCGUGCGACGAACUUCUCUCGGCGAAAUCCGUGCUCAGCGACGUCAGCGCGGAGAUCUACGACAUGGUGAACGAGGUGAACCUCAACAUCUCGACAUCCUACGGCAGCUUCGUUCAAAUAUGCAACCCGUUCUCGCCCCCGCCGUCGCACGACUACCAGCCGUGGGACUGCCCGCCGAGCUCGAUCCCGAUCGGGAACAUCCCGCGGAUGCUGAGGCUGCUGGUGUGUCCCGACGACGCCGGGGGCGAGACGUGCAACGGCGGGAUCCUCGUCGCGGCGAACGAGUACUACACGGUGGAGGCCUACACGACGUCGAUACAGAGGCUGCUCGAUGUGUAUCCGGGGAUGGAAAGCCUCGUUGAAUGCCAAACCGUCAAGGACGCGUUCGGCGAAAUCCUCGAGAGCCAUUGCGGCCCGUUGAAGCGAUACGUGAGGAUCGUUUGGGCGUCGGCGGCGUUUCUGUCGAUCGUUAUGGCGGCGUUAGUACUCGUCUGGACAGUCGGCGCGGCGCAUAGCCUGCGGCGGCAUUCCGGGGGAUCGGUGAAGCCGCAGGACGGUGGCAGACCGUCGGAGACGAUCGAAUCAGGUGUCACGAAGGAUGAAACCUUCGAAGGAAGUGAAUAUCAUUGAUUAGGAGAGGCAAGAUUAGAUACAGAGACUGUAUAGACAACUUAUAUAUAGGAAAUACACAUUUUGUAGGAAAUAUUUUUUUGUUCUUGUAAAAUAGAGUGGCUAUAUAUAUAUAUAUAUUGGCUAAUGGGGAGAAACCCAGGCCUGGA